CUUCAGAAAUAUAACGCGUAAAAUUUAUUUAUGAUUGCUUGCCUCAACGUGCCCAUCAAUCAGUCGCUUGUUCUUCUAUAGUGCCUACAUGUUAACUCUCAUUGAUUGGAUUAUUCAAUGCAUUAGUUUUGAUUGCAAGCUGCCGAAAUCAGUUAAAAGGCAUUUUUUUUGAUUACUCAAAAAUAUUUCAUACAGCAUUUCUACGUUUGUCAUUUCAAAAAAGGCCAUUAUCAAAAUAACUUGAUAUGGCAAACAGCGACCAGAUGACAAAAGACAAACACCCCAAUGAAGAUGAAAAAAGUCACAAACCAGGUGGCAAAGUCAUUCGUGGCUCUGGUCGUGGAGGCAUUUGUCGAACUACCUCUUCGUGUAAUUCAGAAUUUCUAAAAUCACGUAUACGUCAAGCUUUUUUAAGAUCAUCAACUUUACAGCUAACAAAACUUACUAUAUCGAAUUUAGAUGAUGUUAUCACCGACUCACGUCUGCAUGAGUUGUUCAGUCGAUUUGGACCAUUGGUAUUUGCUAAAGUACAGUGUAGUAAGUUGGGUAAGUCGAUGGGAUAUGCCGAUGUUCUUUUUGAGAAACGGUUGGAUGCUAUUAAGGCGAUGAUGCACUACAAUGGCGUACCGCUUGAAGGUCGUAAAAUGAACAUCCAGUUCAGCAACCAAUUCAAGAAACCAACGUUGACUGUCAGAAGUAAAAUCAAGUUCACCGGGUACCAGGAAAAGCAUAAAAGCAAACGUUAUCGUAGACGGAAGAGAGUACUGAAAGGUAACGACGAUGAUAAACUUGCAACUGAGCUUGAAAAAUGUAUGAAGAAACAAUUGGUCAUCUCAGAACGUGUUUAAGAGAUUCAAUCAUAGUUCAAUUUUAUGCUAUAUAUUUACUUUGUAAAUUGUAUUUGCUUAUAUUUAUUUUGAACUUUCGUGAUAUAAGCACGUUUUCGAUUUCAAUUACAUCAUGGUUCUAAUAAAUUUAUUUGUAAAUUUAAGUAUUGUUUAUUUGUUUCAGCAACAUUAAUAGCAGUUAAAUAGAUUUUAAUUUCGUUAGAGAAAAACAAAAAUAUAAUACAAAUAAUAUGUCUUAAUUUAUGUUUUUUAAACUUAUUAUCACUACUAAUGUUAUUUAGCGCACUUCGCGCGCUCUUUCUUUUGUUUUUCUGUUAUUUAUUACAUUAUUAGAACUUUUUAUAUGCCAAUUUAGAGAUUCUAAUGGGCACGAAUACGUUUAAAAUAGACUACAUACAUCAAUAUUCAUUGAUGAAUAAAGAUAGCACUUGCACCUAUUUUUUCACAAAAACCGAUGAAUAUUUACUCAUUUUAAGAUAUAUCGGAAAAAUUAUUUAAAGAUUAACUCAACCUAAGUGCGUCAAAGCUAUUGUACUAUUAUAGAACACUAAACUUAUAUAUUCAAUAGUAGUGAUUAUGAAUAUACCUGUGAAUAAUCUUCCGAGUUUAAUAUUUUGAUAAUUAGUUUCCGUUAUUCGCGUCCGUCUUAAUUUACAAUGUACAAAAGAUAAAUAUGUAUUCUUCUCUGUUUUGUUCUAUUCAUUUUCUUUCUUUUUCUACCAAAUUUUAAUACGACGAUAUUAAUUUCAGUAUCACAGAUGGUUAUAAAAUUAAUGAUUUGUACUGAUAAUUUCAAAACAUAACGUAUUACGUUCUCAAACCGAUUUAUU